AUGCCCAGCCUUCUUCCUGAAUACGACCCUACACUCGACCCAAAUGCCAUCAAUAUCUUCAAUCCAGCUGAUCGGUGGCUACAACGCAAUGUCUCCAUGGAAACAGCCGAUCGAUCACCGAGCAUAGUGGAAUCAAAGCUGUCAACGCCUACUCAAAACAACCCUGCAUCCAACUUGUAUUGUGCUGCAUGUAAAAAAAAGUUCAACAAUGAGGCCACGUGGCAAAAUCAUCUGAAAAGUGCCAAGCACGUCGCCAAUGUCAAAGCCAAAUCCAAGCAGCAGCAGCAGCAGCAGCAGAAACAAAGGCAGCAGCAGCCAUCAGGCUUGAAAUCCAAUGUCGAUCCACAAGUAGCAGACGCAUUGAAAAAUCUACAACGCGCAUCUACCAACCCGUCCACAUCUAUACCUACACUCUGGAGCCUAUCAAAAGCAUUCUAUAGCCACCGCCGACCGCAACAUACAUGUCAAUCAUUACAACUCGUCGUGGAUACCCUUCAAUCAUCCGAGCCGCCACCUACUGGUCUCACGCCAUCUCAAAUCGCAUCCACUCUCUACAUCUCACGUCUUGCCUUGGCACGAUUACUAUGUUUAUAUCCAUCAUCGACAUUGGAUAAGAAGGAUUUGGUAUUGAAUGCAUUGAAUGACAAGUGGAAGGUGGAUCGUAAUGAGCUAUUAUCCUUGGCCAAGUCAUGUACAAAUAUCACCAUGGAGAACAUGAUGCAAGCAUGUCGAGGUCUUGCUUCAAGAUUCAUUGCUCGUGAAGAAGCGCGUACAGAGCCUGCCAAGCCGAAAGCGGAUCAGAAUCAAUGUUUCACCAAGAUCCUGGUAGAGAUGGCGACCAAUUUCUUUGGGGAUGAUACAAGGAUACGUAUCGUAUUGCUAUGCUUGGCGUGUGUUGUAUGUCACUAUGAAGGAGUCGAUAGCUAUGGAAUGAUGGUGGAUUUGGCUCAGUUGUAUGAAGGUCUAUCUGCGAAGCAUUGUGCAUCCGAGAUACACGUGAUAUGCCAUGACAAAUUAUUGGAUAAUGAGGACGUCGACGUGCAACGCUUAUGGUGGCAUCUAUUUAUGGCCUUAUUGCUAGCAAUGGAAACAGAUGACAUUGUAAGAGCCGAUACGAUUCUUGCCAUGAUACAGGAGGAUAGUAAAGCGACGACCCGAUAUGAGGAUAUACAAGUUUUAUUGAAUAUUUGUGUGGCACGAAAAACCAAUGACCACCGAUCACUUCAACACAAGAUGUACUAUCAAGUGGCGCAUCUUGCUUUACUACUUGAUGUUACGGAUGCUGAGCUCUUACUGCGCCAAGAAGUGGAUGAGGUGAAACGGAAUCAGCUGGUCGAUAGGAUUCAAUCAUUGCUCGUAAUUGCGGCAUGA